GCGCCCGCCGCACAGGCGCAGCGGGGACCACCCGGCCAGCCGGCCAGGAGCCUGCGGAGCCUCCCGGGUCCCCGCGCCGGAGAGGGGCUGGGUGGCAGGCGGCCGGGCGGACCUGGCGGGCGCCGAGGGCGGCCGCGGGCGUCAGCAUGCAGGCGCGGCGGCGCGCGUGAGGAGGAUGCGGCAGCGGGCGCCGCGGCGGGCGGAGGAGUAGGCGGCGGUGCCCUGGGGAGGCAGCCGCGCGCGGGCCAGACGGCUCCCGGAGGCUCCGCAGUGCCGCCGCCGUCGCCCGGGAGGCUCCGCGCGGGAGCCAUGUAACCUGCGGCGGGCUCCGGGCUGCUCCGUCCUCGCCCCAGCUCCCCGGCCAGCGAGGCAGCGGGGCCACGAUGAAGAAGCAGUUCAAUCGCAUGCGCCAGCUGGCCAACCAGACGGUGGGCAGGGCAGAAAAGACUGAAGUUCUGAGUGAAGACCUUCUUCAGGUUGAGAAACGCCUGGAGCUGGUGAAGCAAGUCUCCCACAGCACGCACAAGAAGCUCACCGCAUGUCUCCAGGGCCAGCAAGGGGCCGAGGCUGACAAGCGCUCUAAAAAGUUGCCUUUGACAACACUGGCUCAGUGUUUGAUGGAGGGGUCAGCUAUCCUGGGAGAUGACACGCUUCUCGGGAAGAUGCUGAAACUCUGUGGAGAGACCGAGGACAAGCUGGCUCAGGAGCUGAUCCACUUUGAGUUGCAGGUGGAGAGAGACGUGAUUGAGCCCCUGUUUUUGCUGGCCGAGGUGGAAAUCCCAAAUAUUCAGAAGCAGAGGAAACAUUUAGCAAAGUUGGUGUUGGAUAUGGAUUCAUCACGAACAAGGUGGCAGCAGACGUCGAAGUCUUUAGGUUUGUCCGGCAGCUUGCAGCCCGCAGGUGCCAAAGCUGACGCCCUCAGGGAAGAGAUGGACGAGGCUGCCAACCGAGUGGAGAUUUGCAGGGACCAGCUCUCGGCGGACAUGUACAGUUUUGUGGCCAAAGAAAUCGACUAUGCAAACUACUUUCAAACGGUAAGGGUCCAGAAAGGUAAGAGCCCUUUUACGGCGCUGUGCGCUGACCCUCUGUGCUGUCGGCAGGGACUCUUCCGGGUGGCGCCGUCUGCCUCCAAGUUGAAGAAGCUAAAAGCCGCCCUGGACUGCUGUGUGGUCGAUGUGCAGGAGUACUCAGCAGACCCCCAUGCAAUUGCAGGAGCUUUGAAAUCUUACCUCCGAGAGUUGCCAGAACCUCUUAUGACCUUUGAACUCUAUGACGAGUGGAUUCAGGCUUCCAAUAUUCAGGAGCAAGACAAGAGGCUUCAGGCGCUGUGGAAUGCUUGUGAAAAAUUGCCCAAGGCCAAUCACAACAAUAUCCGAUACUUGAUCAAAUUUUUAUCCAAGCUAUCAGAAUAUCAAGAUGUGAACAAGAUGACUCCCAGCAACAUGGCAAUUGUGUUAGGCCCCAACUUGCUGUGGCCGCAAGCAGAAGGGAACAUCACGGAGAUGAUGACCACGGUUUCACUGCAGAUUGUCGGGAUUGUCGAACCCAUCAUCCAGCAUGCAGACUGGUUCUUCCCUGGAGAGAUAGAGUUCAACAUCACAGGGAAUUAUGGGAGUCCGGUACACGUGAACCACAACGCCAACUAUAGCUCAAUGCCCUCCCCAGACAUGGACCCCACUGACCGUCGCCAGCCCGAGCAGAUCCGCCGGCCCCUCAGCGUCGCCACGGAUAAUAUGAUGCUGGAGUUUUACAAAAAGGAUGGCAUGGGCGUGCGGGUCAUGGACACGUCCUGGGUGGCCCGAAGAGGCUCCUCGGCCGGCAGGAAGGCGUCCUGCGCCCCGCCCACCAUGCAGCCCCCCGCGCCGCCCGCCGAGCUGGCUGCCGCGCCUCUGCCUUCGCCACUCCUGGAGCAGCCCCCGGACGGCCCCGCGGUGGCGGCGGCGGUGGCGGCUCCCUCGCUUUCGCCGUCCGGCUUGGGGCUCCAGCCCGGGGUGGAGCGCACCAGCGCUUCGAAAAGCAAGGAGCUUUCUCCUGGAUCUGGGCAGAAAGGAAGUCCAGGCUCCAGCCAGGGGACGCCCUGUACGGGGACCCAGCCAGGGGCCCCGCCAGGCGCCAGCCCCAGCCAGCCGCCCCCAGACCAGAGCCCUCACACUCUUCGGAAAGUUUCCAAGAAGCUGGCACCCAUCCCGCCCAAGGUCCCCUUCGGCCAGCCGGGGGCCGUGGCUGACCAGCCUGCCGGCCAGCCGUCCCCGCUCAGCCUGUCCCCCACGCCCCCGAGCACCCCCUCGCCCUACGGACUGAGUUACCCUCAGGGGUACUCCCUGGCCUCCGGCCAGCUCUCCCCGGCCGCCGCGGCCCCUGCCCUGGCCUCCCCCGCCGGCUUCACGAGCGCCGCGGCCAAGUCUCGGCCCACCCCCAAGCCCCGACAGAGACCCACGCUGCCGCCCCCUCAGCCUCCCACGGUCAGCCUGCCGGCCCCGAGUCCGCAGUCCACGGAGCACCCCGUGCUGGAUGGCGUGGCCCCCGGGGAGAGCAUGUCUACAGAUCUCGUCCACUUUGACAUCCCCUCCAUCCACGUAGAGCUCGGGCCGCCGCUCCGCCUGAGCCCCCUGGAGCACGCGCGGCGACACUCGGUGACGGAGAAGAGGGACUCGGAGGAGGAGUCUGAGAGCACCGCCCUCUGACCCGCGCAGGCCCCGCCCACCACCCACCCUGGAGCGCCCCCUGGGCUCGCCGAGCGAGCGGCUGUGCGGUCACUGCCAGCGACGCUGGAGUCGUGCGCCAAACUGUCCCCUCCGGCCUGCGCGGCCGGAGUAGGUGCAGAGUUCGUUUGUUCCCCGGGGUGGUGACUUUGGCCUUUUGUUUGAUCUUUGCCUUUUGACUUUGUGCCUAUUUUGAUCCACUUUCAGCACCCCCCCCCCCCCGGGCUUGCGCGUCAGAAAGGUCGUUUGCAGCUGCAGGCUGGGGGUGCGGGCAGGGUUGGGGUGCCUGGUGCCACCCGCGGUUGCCCUCCCAGGCUCUGACAGCUCGGGGGGCGCCCUCCCGUCACCUCGGUGACUGCAGGGGACCCCCCCCCCCCCACAGCAGACUGGCUCUGGGAUCCAGAAGUCGUGGCAGCGACGUGCGCCCGCAGCGCAAGUCGGAGGGUGGGGGAGGCAGCCGGUGUACAACCUGCGGCCGCCCCUGACGCGCGGGCUUUAAAGUCAAUGGCUUAACACAAAAUUUGCUUCCCUUCCUAAGGGUUUUGCUUUUCCCUACCGUGUGACCGAAAGCUCCCGUCACUACCUUCUCGUUUUAUACUUCUGAAUUUCUAAUCUGAUCUUGAGGGCGCCUGGACGGCGGAGGAUGGCGCCCCGGCCCCGCAGAAACCUCUGCCGACAGUACCCCCAUACUCCCCGCCCCUCCCCCGCCCCAGGCAGGUCGCCUCUCCUUCCCGGAGGCCGCAGGGAACAGCAAUAAUCGCGCGAACCCGAGCAGCACGCAGGAAGGGAAGGUGGCCCUCGGCAACGCGGGGCAGGAGGCACGGCCCCGCGGCCUGCGCUCAGCAGUGAGGCGGGGCCGGAGGACACAGGAAGCCCAGUCACACUUGGGGAUUGAGGGAGUGAGACGGCAUCGGGUCUUGCAUGCAACUCUAAAGUUCCGAUUUUAUCCGUUUAAAAUCGAUGCGAUCUACCUAUACAUGAUAUAAUGUUUGUAUAUAUGAAAUCUAUAUUUGUUGAAUUUGAGCCAAACUAAACCCAUGUAUAGGUGUACAAUGAGAAAUUCAAAUGCUUAUUUUUCCCCCCCACACGGUGGAAAGGAACCCUCCCCGCUGGUGGGAUUUUGCCACUUUUGAUGCUAACAAACAG